GUUAAUAUGACUCAGUGUAUACAGUUUCUUUAGAUGGCACUGAUAUGACCCAAAUACCAAAAUGUGACAUUUUUAGAAUACUGAAGCCAUAAUUGAUACAAAAGCUGCAGAGUUAAUGGCGAGCGCAACAUGUGCUCUAUCAACAGACAGAGCACGUGAUAUGAAAACAAUGAUGUGAGGGGAUUUAUGAGACUACCUGUUUAUCUCUGCGAGCUGUUAGCAGCAACAUUAGCUUCUCUGUUUCAACACUAUCAGGCUGAAAAAAACGAGGACGCAGGCUGAAAUUGAACAGCGCUGUUUGGAGAUGCAGUGACUUAAACCAGCGCUCCAUUGCUAUAAAAGCCACACCGUCACGAGGGCGCUAUACCCUGCAGAGGAGCUCAACUAAUUCUGAGUCUGAGAGAGAGACAGACGAAACAGACCCCUGCACUUGCCUUCCACCGGGCUGCCCUGCCUUCUCUCUUUAAGCUGUAAUCAUGGCCAGAAACCUGCUGAAGAAUCCCAAUGGGGAAGAGGAGCUGGAAUUCUGGGAGCUGACGGAGAACGGUGGCAGUCAGUGGAAGGUGGAGGACAUGCCGGGAGACUGUGGCUAUAACUUCUGCAACGAAGGAGUGACCAAAUACUUUGCAACCUCCUUUGAGCUGUGUCUGAAGAGACAGGUGAUCGACUUGUUAGCAGAGGAUUUCACCAGUGAGCAGUUGGACGCUCAGCCUGCCGUCACAGUGGAGGACUGGUACUGCGGAAGGUCAGAUUGUGGCUGCACCUACCAAAUGACCGUGUGUCUGCUGGAUGAGAAUCAAGAGGUCAUCCAGGAGUUCAAACCUGAGCAAGUGACUCUGGAUCCAGACUGUGACGACUGCUCGUGGAAGCAGAUCAGCCAUACAUUUUCUGACUACGGCCCUGGAUUGCGCUUUAUCACCUUUGAACACGGAGGACAGGACACCAAGUUCUGGGACGGUUGGUUUGGAGUGCGAGUCACCGGGAGCUCUGUUACUGUCGAGGUCUGAACGAGAGGAAAAGAGGAGCUAAAGGAGAAGGAAACUAAGUAGUUAGCAACACUGAGAGGUAAAGGAGGAACAGAGAGCUAGAGUAACAUAAGGACUCCAGGAUGGAGUUUAGGUUUCCAGGUUUAAAGAGGACCAGCUUUGCCUUGUGCACGUAGCUCACACCUCUGUAUAUCAUGCAUAUUGCUGUUCAUGCUGUGAGAACAUACUGCUGCUAUGAAGACUGUACUGACAACUCUGCAAAAAGCGCUCACGGUAGCAUGGUGGCUUUACUAACUAAACUAAAGUAUUAAAAUUACUGCUUGCAACACAGUCAUUAAUAUGAUCUGUUAAGCACUACCUCUGCACUGUGACUAUCCCCGGUCUGUGUUUGGUGGCUGGAGGUGCUGUAAGCAAUCAAGUGGUUUAAAUUUAAAUUGGAAUAAAAAUGAUUAUUUACACUGUCAACAA